AUGAGGUUCUCGGUCAUCUCUCUCAUCGCUGCCGCUGCCGCCGUUGUAGCACAGGAUACCGUCUCUGUGACUGCUGGUGGCGAGUGCGAGCCUCACGGCGACCACUGGCACUGCCCCGACGGCGUUCCAGAGCCCACUGGCGCUCCUACCCCAGAGCAGCUUGCUUCGCACUCAGCUGAGGAAGCCGCUGAGGAGGCUACUUCCGGCCCUGCCUCCACCAUUGCCUCCACUACCGUCACUGUCGUCUCCUCUGGAUCCACCAUGAUCACUGCCUCUGCAUCCCACAGCCACGAUGACGAGGAAGACCACGACCACGAGGCCACCGCCAGCACUUGCGAGCCCCACGGUGACCACUGGCACUGCCCUGCUGGCGUUGCCGAGCCCACCACCGCUCCUGCUGAGACCGUCUCCGGCACUGCAACCGUCACCGACGACGCUGCGUCCGCUGCUGAGUCCAGCGCUCUUCCUGAGCAGACCGAGAACGCCGCUGUCGUUGUUGGCGCCGGAAAGGUUGCUGCUGUCCUUGGUGCUGCUGCUUUCUUCUUGUAA